CCGACCCAGGACUCUGCAGACACUCUCUCUCCCUCUGCUCGCUGCCGGGAAACUCCUGCCCUUCACACAAUGGAUGACUGGGGCAGGAAUAAGACGGCUCUCCUGGAGCUGGUGAAGGAGGGAGCGAACAGUGAAUGCGCGGACUGCGGGGCAGCAGAUCCCGACUGGGUCUCCUGCACACUCGGGGUGUUUAUCUGCCUUAACUGUUCUGGGAUUCACCGCGACCUGUCAGGAAUCAGCAGAGUUAAAUCCAUCCGCCUCGACUUCUGGGACGAUGCCUCAGUUGAGGAAAUGAGAAAAGGCAACCAGGUGGUGAAGAAAUGUUACGAGGCAAAGGUCCCUCCUUUCUACUACAAGCCACGGGCUGCAGACUGCAAAGUUCUGAAGGAGCAGUGGAUCCGGGCCAAGUAUGACCGUAAGGAGUUCAUUGAGGCCAACAGUCAGUGGCAGGAGACCUUCCCAUCAGGAACUGGAGCAGGUAACCGAGUCGGAUAUCUGUGGAAACGGGGCAAGGACAAAGGAAGUUUUCACCAAAGGAGUUUCCAGCUUUUGGAGAAAGAGGGAACAAUGCAGUACUUCUCCAAGGAGGAUGGUAAAGGGCCGAAGGGAGUGAUUCGGGUGUCAGAGAUGAACGCCAUAUUCCAGCCGGAAAAGAUCGGGAAUCCCAACGGGCUGCAGAUCACCUACCUGGAGAACGGACGCACCAGGAAUAUAUUUGUGUACCACAAGAACGGGAAGGACAUCGUGGACUGGUUCAAUGCAAUUAGGGCAGCUCGGUUCCGAUAUCUCAAGAUGGCUUUCCCCACAGCCAGUGACACAGAUCUCAUUCCCAAAAUAACAUGGAAUUACGCAAAGGAGGGAUACAUGGAAAAAACGGGUCCCACGGAAAAGGAACCUUUUAAAAGGCGAUGGUUUACUCUGGAUACCCUAGACCGCAAACUGCUGUAUUUUAAAGAUCCACUGGAUGCCUAUGCGCAAGGGGAAGUGUUCGUUGGGCACACAGAACAUGGGUAUAACGUGACAGAGGGUCUCCCUCCUGGUGUAAAAGGCAACAAGUGGAAGUUGGGGUUAACGAUACAGACUCCAGACAGGAGGUUCCUGUUUACGUGUGAGAAUGACCAGGACCUCAAGGAAUGGAUCAAGGCUUUUAAGGAAGUCAUUUCCAAACCCAUGUCCCCUCAGGAUUACACAGUUGAGGCUACCUUGAGACGAAAACAGAGGUGAUGAUCGUGGAGAUCUUGGGCCUGACCCAGUAUAGACAUGCUAUGAUCAGAAGAUCUUCUUCAGUAGACAAGGGGGAUCUUCCAUUUGUGGAUAAUAGCCCGUCGCUGCUCACAGACUAACUAGCCACAGGAGCCAUCUGAAUGCUCUGUGUGACACAGUGCCCACUGUGUCCUGCGAUCUGAACACAGUGUUAUUCAGAAAUGAGUGAAGCCCCUCUGUCGCUGGCCCUGUGCUUGUUUGAAAGCAGCCAUUCUAAUUUAGUGGACAGCCAGAACUCGAGUAAAGUGACGUUGGAACUAGAAACCAGGAAAAAGCAGCAAGGACCUUUCAAGCAUUUCCUCAGAACCUUUUCCUGCUACUUCACAAGAUUUGGAACACAAGUAAA